GGGCGGUGGCGGCGACGGCGCCUUCGCCCUGCCGGCGCCGGUGCGGGCGCCGGUGCGCGGGCGGCGAUGCGCGGCGGGCGGGCGGCGGGGGGACGGGUCGCCCCCCCGGCCCCGCGGCGCGGCGGCGGCGGGUGACGGCGGCUCGGCGGCGGCGAUGGGGUGCCUGCAGAGCGUGGCCUGCAAGGCGCGGGUGCGCCGGGAGCAGAUCGUGGUGUCGGACGUGUCGGCCACCAUCGAGCCGGCGGCCACCGCCAUCGAGGAGAGCUCGCCGGUGGUGCUGCGGUACCGCACCCCGUACUUCCGCGCCUCGGCCCGCGUCCUCAUGCCGCCCAUCGCCCGGCGGCACACCUGGGUGGUGGGCUGGAUCCAGGCCUGCAACCACAUGGAGUUCUACAACACCUACAGCGACCUCGGCGUGUCAAGCUGGGAGCUGCCCGACCUGCGAGAAGGAAGAGUAAAAGCCAUCAGUGAUUCGGAUGGUGUGAGCUACCCCUGGUAUGGAAACACCACAGAAACUGUGACCCUGGUCGGGCCUACUAACAAAAUCUCCAGGUUCUCAGUGAGCAUGAAUGACAAUUUCUACCCCAGCGUGACAUGGGCAGUCCCUGUGAGCAACAGUAACGUGCCGCUGCUGACAAGGAUUAAAAGGGACCAGAGCUUUACCACGUGGUUGGUGGCCAUGAACACCACCACCAAGGAAAAGAUAAUUUUGCAGACUAUAAAGUGGAGGAUGCGAGUGGACAUUGAGGUUGAUCCCAUGCAGCUGCUGGGGCAGCGGGCACGACUGGUGGGAAGGACUCAGCAGGAGCAGCCUCGGAUCCUCAGCAGGAUGGAGCCCAUCCCGCCCAACGCACUAGUGAAACCCAACGCCAACGAUGCCCAAGUCCUCAUGUGGAGACCCAAGCGAGGCCAGCCGAUAGUUGUCAUACCUCCCAAGUAGAGCAGCGCCGGUGUGCGCACAUGAGGAGCUGGAUGCUGCCAGCCUGCUGCAUGUCAGUGGGGUUUCUGAGCCAAAGCAGACCUCGUGGGUUCUCCUGCCUUCGUAGCUGUGCUUGGAAAUGUGGCUCCUCAGUCAGGAAGAGAGCCUGGCCGACAUAGAAGAGGGAUCGCUGAGCUGGAGGAUUUCCCAGGAAGCAGAAUCGAGUACUUCUAGGAGCCUGCAGCUGGCAAAGAGGCUGUCUGAGCUACAUGACUCAUCUUUCAUUGCAGGGCGAUGCAAGGAGCAUGAUGAGAAUGAUCAACCCAUGCCUGUGGCAAAUGCUGCUUUCCACCCUGCUGGAGGCAGACGCAGAGACCGUGCCUGCCAGACGCAAGGGGUUCCUGUGGUGACCCUUCCCGCUGGGGCGUGGGUGUCCCUGUGGUGUCUAUACCUAUGCAUUUCAGAUUGAUAGCUGACCCCUCGCCCUGCUUGCUGGGGCUGGGCGGGAGUGCUCGGGAGUGGAGCAGGGGCUGGUGGUGCCAGGGCACUGAUCCAGAGCCCGGCACGAGCUGUUGUUGCUGCCCAGGAGGGGUUUUUCUGCAGCUGAGGGGAUGCGGGAUGUUUUGCAUGCGUCUGGGUGUGUUUGGAGUAGUUGUGAGUAUAGGAGAUGCUGUAGCUCUUUUCCGUCUUGGAGUGCGGUCUAAGGGCAGGUUAGAUGCCCUUUGGUUUUAAUGUGCACUAAAUUUUGCAGUUCCUCAACCUUCCCCCCACCCAGAUCCCGCUGGCCCUUCUCUUACGAAAGCGAAAUGAUUUUCAGCUUAAUCAGGAGCCCAUUCACCCAGCCCAGGGUGAGUGGGUGCUUGCUGACCAUGGGGUACCCAAACUGGCUUGGAGGUACCCUGGGACUUGCAUGCUGCCACUGCGGAUCCAAGUCCCUUGCAAGAAGCUGGGUGCUUGCUCAGUUUCCACGCAAAUGCUGGCUCAGACCCUCUUCCUUGUCAGCCACCCAUGGAGCAGGGUGGCUGCUGGCAGGGAGGCCGGUGGAGGGGACAACACGCCUUACGGUAACUCCCCAGGCUCUGCAGGGAUGGGGGCUCCUCGCCAUGGGGCGCAGGCAGGGAUGUGGGCAGAGGCUGCCCAGGGCAGGCCUGGGUUUGCCUGGAAGGAGGAGGCAAACGUGCUGCCUUCACCUGCCUCCUGCUACUGUUGGUUCUUGGGGGAUAAUGAGGGGUUUUAUUUGCCUUUCUCCUCACCCCUUGCUGCCUGGAUCACUGGCAUCAUCUGGUCUGCAGGGCAGUGCUGGUGCUGCGGUCUGCUACCUGCAAUUCCCAACAUGUUGCCCUUGGGAGGCAGCAGAGGCAAAAGCUGUGGCUGCGCUGCCGAUGCCCAGGGUGCCGCAGAUGGUUACAGCUUUUGCUGCUUUCUUCUCCCCAUCGACCAUUCCAGCACAAGCUCUGUGCCUCCUCCAGCUCGCACCCCUGCCUUUGCACCCUGGGAGGUUUGUGCUGCCCUGGGGAUGCGGGUGAUUCCCUCUUGGAGGGUCCCACCUCCUGUCCAGCUGCCAGGAGAGCCUGUGGAGGGUCGCUGUGUUCGGCAUUUCCAUGCAAAGCCUUUACUGUGGUGUUUGCAGUUGGGACGCCCAGCCUGGAGCUGCUUUGCUCCCCCUGGUGUGCAGGCACAUCCCCGUGGCAUCGCUACUCAGUACCACCGAGCUCCUGCAAAGCUUCAGCCACAGCAUGUGCUUUUCCAGGGUGGGAUGUGCACCCCAGUCCCUGCUGGUGAAGGGGCUCCCCAGGCAUCUUAAACCAAAAAUCCCUGUGAAAUUGCCAUGCUACUUAUUAUUCACAGUCGUGUUUGCUGCUGAUUUGAUUCUUUAUUUAAUUUUUCCCUUGGGAGUGUUGCAUUUUGACGCCUCGAUGCACACUUUCCCGUGCCGGGGCCAGUAGUCCUGCUUGGCCUUGCAGCAGGCUGGAAACCUGCUGCUUUUGGUGCCUAUGUCUGGGUUUCACUGGGGGCUACAGCCUUGUGAUGGGAAAGGUUUGGAGAUAGAAGGGGCUCUGAGCUUUGUUUUGCUGUGUUUUCUGGAGGAAAACUUCUAUUGGGAGCUUCCUGGCAUGGGAAGAUGUCCCGCUUUUGUGAGGUUCUGUCUGUUGUUUUGUCCUGGUAUGGGAUAGAUGACAGCUUUUGCUGUCACUGUUGUUUUGUUUCUCAAAAAGUGUGUGUGGCGAGGGGUUAGAAACUUUAAAUACAAUUUUCCUUGACAUUUAGGGGCGGAGUUGUAAGUACAUUUUGGUUUGAAAUAAGGCAGGUAUAUACUUUUGACCUAGUGGGACAGAAAUGUCUCUGGCAGCAUCAGAGAUAAUGAACCAGAGGAAAGGGUUCCCAGCAAACAGGUAGCCCCAGGAUGGGCUGCUGACUGGGAGGGGAUGCUGUGCCCAGAGAGGCUGCUCGGCCAGCUCCCCAAAACCUGCGGGAAGGGCUGUGGCUGUGCUCAGAGGCUGUGUGCUGGCUGUGCAGCCUGAGGAGCUGCUGCGGCCCCGUCUGGGAGAGCGGGGAUGCUGGUGUGGGGAUGCUGUUGAAUUCGUAGCCAUUUUUUGGGAUGUGCUGGCCAGCUGGAUCCUCGACGCUGAGAUAGCAGCAGCCGCCGUUUGUGGCCACGUGUCUGCGGUGUCCCCAGGGAGGUGCUUGGUGCUGCCUGGUGCUGGCGUCAGGCUGGGUGCUGGUCCGUAGCCGUGUGCCUGCGCUCCAGGGCUGCCCUAGUCUGCGGGCAGGUGCUGCCUGAGCGCCGGGGCCAUGCCUGGGUUCACCUCUCCAGGCUUGUGCCCGCUCCUCUCCAACAGCUGGAUUUGAUGCACUUAACUCGGUUCGAUGCAUGGCUUGUGUUUGUGGGCAUUUCCCCAUUUAAAAGAAAAAAAAAAAAGUUUGUAAAAAUUGUUUGCAAAAAAACCUCUGCAAACAAUGUUUGCAAAACUUUGCAGGCAUUUUGCAUAUUUGCAAAAGGUGUGUGGUCACGCUCGGAUGGAGGUGCUGGGCGAGCGUCUCCCUGAGCUCGGUAAUGCUGCAUGGUGGAACCGGGUGCAGGGCUUGUGAUGCUGGAGAGGAGGGAGGCGGUGGGCGAGAGCUCCCACCUGUGGGUCCAGGUUCAGCUCAGGCCCACAGCUCUAGUGAUGUGUACCCCGACGGGGAGCCCUUUCCCAUGCCCCCCUUUUGUACCAGCACUCCAUUGUCUCAGGGAGGGGCAGGUCACCGAAAUGUCCACCCAUGCACUUGCCCAGUGCCCUGAGCUGCGGGUGCCACUUCCCCUCCGUCCUUGGGUCACUUAUUUAUUUAUUAUUUAUUUAUUUAAGGUUUAUUUAAGUUAUUUAUUGGUAUUUAUUGAUGGCUGGAAGUCAGGGGGUCAUUUCUGCUGCAUGGCAGGGGCAGCUGGGUCCCCCCCGCCCAGUCCCUUGCGUUUCAGGGUGCUGCUGUGUGUUUGGGAGCAUCGCUGGGGAGGGAUCCUUGUGGUACCUGUGCUCCUGUCCCCUUUUGGAGCCAGGGAGGGAGAAAGGAGGGGAAUCAUGUUGGUGCCUGCGGGGAGGACACCCCGUGCCCAUCCCCUUCCCACAGAAGCUCAAAGCCUCUGUGCCCCCUCCCCAUGCGCUGUGCUCCCUCCCGUUCCCAUCUGUAUUUAUUGACCUGUCCUCCUGGCGUUUCUCCAUUCGGCUCCUGCUGGAUUUGCUGUUGCCAGUUCCCAGGGAUGGUGGGAAGAGCCAGGACAUGUGGGUGUUGCUAUGGAGAAAAGACCAAACCAGGUAUUCUGCUGCCGCGUGGGGAAAAUCGGAAGGAGGAGAAGAGGAAAGCUGGUUUUGCAGAGUGCCUUAAACACAAAAUGACUUUACUGAGUAGGGGGGCUUGGACUUCUGUCUCUGGAUGUUAUUACCAACUUGAACAAAAUGUUGCAUUUCACUUCUCUGGGAUUAAAAGAAAACCACUCGAGCUGUACUGGAACGAAA